CCCUCUACCGCCACUGACGACGUCGCCAUGUCGUCACCAACUAACGAGGGUUCUGACAAACUUCGACGGGCUUUUUCUGCUGUGUUGCUCCAGAUUUCCCGCGAUCUGGAUAAAGACGAGCAAAAGGAGUUUCGUUUCUACUGUGACGGACUGAUACCGAGGGAAGAUAAAGGCUUUUUAAAAAUUUUGCGCUCAUUAGAACAUGCAGAUUUAAUUUCCUGGGCCGAUGUUAAGUUCUUGAAAGAAGCUUUACGCGCAAUCAAGAGAUUGGAUCUUGCCAAACUGCUCACGACGUUUGAAGUUAGACGCGAUCUAACGAUUCUCCUGGAUUUCUACUCGAGAAAGAGACUAGAACUGGAUCUUCCUUACGUUUCUCCUUCGAUGAAAACCACCGCACGUCAUUUGUUGACAGUCGUGACGGAAAACGAAAGCGAAAGAUGCAGAUUUGACAUUGCAAGAAUGAGAACACUGGUGGAAUCGAAAAGGAACAUUCAGGAGAUCUUCGAGGAAGAAGUUGAUGUGCGAAGUGGCUUGAAAUCAUCGUGGAGUAAACUGACCAUGCUUGUGAUAAUUGCAGGAGAAAUCAUCGUGGCAGCGCAAGCUUCCAGAAGCGACGAGAUACGCAGGAAUGAAAUGCUAGAGCAGUGUUUCAGUUUGGCAGACAAGCUUAGCUCCAGGAUGCUGGAUCUUGGCAGCUGGGAUGAUUUCUGUGAACAUGUGGAGGAAAGAUGCAGUGAGGUUUGGGGUCAGCAGGAAGAGUGCAACAGCAGCAACUCCGUCGUAGCAGACGUGGUUCGACAACUGAGAGAAUCACCCUUUUUUCUUUAAGUAGAUAAUUAGUAUAGCAGCCUUAACCUGCGUAGCAAGUUUCCAAAGGAUCAGGGGGGAGGUGGGGGAGGUGUCACCUACCCCUCCCCUGAACCUUGCACUUACGUAGAAUAGCAGACGGUCUGGAUCGCGCGAGUGCACGAGAAAAAAAACAAAAAAA